UUUUUAAAUUUUUUAGUUCGAUUGGCCAGCUUUUGACGGCAGCGUCAUUUCCUACAUAACCCAACUUCCAACUGAAGGUGGUCAUUUCGUAAACUCAUUUUCCUUAAAUAAUAUCCAGAUUUAAUAUUUAGUUAUUAUCUCGACAUGUAUGACUGUUGCAGAGAGUAAUCUUGGCUGUAGAUCGCCAAUAUGGCGCUGUCACUAGUUGUAAGGACAUGUAGAUUUAGUUUUUGCAGGUUUGCCCCUUCAAAGGCAUUGACUUCAUAUCGGAGCUAUGGGAACAACACUCCAGCAAGAGAUGCUCAUAGAAAGUCUGUGUAUAAAACCGAAGAGGCCAAAAGAAUUCGUUUCUAUAUUCUUAAUCGCUUCAUUGAGUAUUUGAAGAACUAUGAUAAAAUUUUGGAGAAGAACUUUCCGACCACCAUAAAAACAUACAGGACAUUCACUGAUGGCAUUAAAACCUUCAGUUUGGAAACUAUAGAAUAUUUCAAAAUAGUAAUGAUGCUGAAUAGCAGUGGUGGUAGCUAUGCGAAAUUAUUAAGAAGGGAAAUCGAAUUGUAUCAUCAGAUGCCCAAAGACAUGAUGAAGGUUGCACCAGUUAUAAUAUUUUCGGCGCUCCCUUUCGCUUUUUAUGUUCUGCUACCACUGGUCUAUACACUGCCAAAGCAGCUUCUAACUGCGCAUUUUUGGACUCCUGAUCAGCAAAACAAAUUUCAAAUAGAGUACUUUCGAGACAGGCUCGUGCAUAAUAAGCCCGUUUUCAGGCACUUACAGUCUCAGUUGAACUACAUUAAACACUACGGGAAAAACAAAACGCAAUUCGAGAAAUGGGCAAAUAUUUUAGGGCUGCUGGGCAGUGGGAUUCAACCGACAGCCGAGGAUAUUUUGGCUUGUAAAGAUUUAUUUAUGGACGAACCCUAUCACUUGCUAUAUCUCAGCAGGAAUCAUGUUUUUCAUCUUCUCAGAGUUCACAAUCUGCAUGCUGGAUGGUUUCGUCGCACCAGGUUAGCGGAUCGAGCGCAAGUUUUAAUAGAAAUGGAUAAAGCCAUUCUAAGAGAAGGAGGAGUACACAAUUUGCCAUUGAAUGCGCUGAGCAAAGCCUGUUAUAUUAGAGGGCUGAACCCGACUGAUAUAUCAUCUGAUUACCAAGUUAAAUGGCUAACGCAGUGGAUAAAAGUUUCUAGUCAAGUCGACAAAGACAAUUUGUCCUUGUUACUGCAUUGCCCAAUCCUGCUGGGAUAUAAUGAACCAUCAAACUGGGUGCUUGUUUACCCAAAAAAAUAAGCACUCACUAAAUGUUAUCUGUGGUCAGUUAAAACCAUAAGUACCUUAUAUUUGUAUAUAAUAAACCGCCGAGAUCCAGCUGUAAUUAGAAAAAAUUAGACGCUGGGUCUGUACUAGAUUAGAAUUUGCAAAAUUAAAUAUUUGAAUUGCCA